GAAGCUUGUCAUAUGGUAUGGCAAUUAUCUAUAUCCGUAUCACGAAUUUCCCACAAGCUCUUCUCUCGCAACGACCCCCGCUUAUUAAUGCAUUGUGUUAAGGACUUGGUCCAUGCGCAGAGAGGCGAUCGGCAAGGCAUUCCUCCGGCGGCCCGUGCUACCCUUGACAAUGAUCGGACCCUUGUUCCGGAUCUGCAACCACUUACGGAUAACGUUACAAGAAGCCUUCCAUCGUGCAUUGCAGGCCCCUUGGGGACGCGUCAACCAUUGACUUCGCGUUCUGACUACGCGUCAUCCGUCUCGCUCGACCCACCGACUUCCAACUCCAAUUUCUGCGUACCACCAUUUCCAGAAUGUCACGACUCGUAGCAGAUGAAGGUGAUUUUGAGCCUCCGCCGGCUUCGCAGUCGCACUUUGCCAGAUUCAAGAAUUUCACACCUAACGAUGAGGCAUCAUUCGACGAGGAGUUCGCGCGCCUCGCAGCACCGAGGUCAACUCACCUUACGGAGGAGGAGCUAGAGCUCAAGGGCUACCAAGAUCUGUGCCGCGAGGUCGGCAUCGAGCCCAGCGAGUCGGUCGCCGAGUGUAAGAGACUGCUGAAGACCAAGCUGGUCAACAUCAUAGACCUGAUCGACGCGCGACGAAACGGGAACGAGGUGAAGGUGUGGGACGACUUUGACGCGUUUCGCGACUACACGCUCAAUGAUGACGAGAAAAGGAUCGACAUAGAAGAGGCCAAGGGGACGCACCUCGAAUCCCUGCUGCAGCGGUUGAUUACUGGGCCUUGUUCACGGAGGAAACGUCGUGCCAAGAGGCGUGGGCGGGGGAAGGGGGUCGCUUCUGGCCGCAUCAACAAACAGCGGGCACCGUAG